GCAAUGGCGUAUGUUGUUGGUGUUUCUGUGUCGUCGUUAAUACCCCACCGACAGGUCGUAUUGUCACUCUAUCAAAAUACGGAACGCGAGUGCAGAUAGAAACAGCAAAAGGCGAUCCGUGGGACGUGACUGUAUUUUCGAAAAGCCGCGGUGCAACCAUCUCGCAGGAUCCCGGAUGAUCUACAAGUGAUCCAAUAUGGCGUCGACCGAUCUGUCGUUCGGCUGCAUACCGGCAUUCUACAGAGAAGUCUACGAGAAGAUCUGCUCACCCACGAGCGGAACCGUGGAACGAGAAGUGUUUAAGUCCCUUCUUGUCAAGUCUCAGCUGAGCAGCUCCGUUCUCAGCCAGAUAUGGGAACUGGUUGACAGCAAGACGGGUUAUCUAACCAGGAGCGGAUUAUACAAAGGCCUUGCACUAGUCGCGUUUGCUCAGCAAGGGAAACAUCCGAGCGACAAACUCCUGGAGAACUCCGAGUCACAAGAAUUACCUGUUCCUGUUCAGGGCGAUCUCUCCGAGGUGACACUUUUGGCUCAAAGGUUGCACAAAGGCAGCAAUCCGGCGAAGUUGAACCUUACUUACUCAGAUAUAUGCAACCUGGACACAAUAGAGGUGAACUUGGUCCCUGAGAAAAAGGGGAUUUUCUUGAAACACGUGGAAUACCAAGUGACCAGCAAAAGAUUCAACUCCAUCGUUUAUAGACGCUACAACGACUUCGUAUCGUUGCACGAGCUUCUCUUAGCAAGAUUUCUCUACAGGCUGAUACCGAAGUUACCGCCGAAAAAAAUCGUGGGAGCGGACUCUCAAUUUCUGGAAGAAAGGAGACGAUCCCUACUGAGAUUCCUCAGUGCUCGACAUCCUGUAGUGAGCAAAGACCACAUCGUCCAAUUCUUCUUCACUUACACCGGCGAGGAGACGCAGCACAAAAUUCGAGAGGUAUUCAGGCGAGUGCCGGACGAAUUCGCGACGUUGGAACUGUCGUCGAGGGCAAAGGAACUGGUGCCACCGGAAACGUUGACCGAAUUCGCGAACAGCCGCGAUCAAAUUCGCGUGAUACUUCUUGGAAUUUCUCGGCUGAAGAAUAUCGCUGAUUGUCUGGCAAUAAGGUCUCACAGUUACGCGGUGGACAUGGCGGAGCUGGGUACACAGUUGAGCAAUUUGGCCUCGGAGCCUCAUGGCACCACCGCCUGGGCCACCGGUGGUUCCACCAUUUGGCAAGAGAUGAAGAAAGGUUUCCAUAUAAUUUCAAAGGAAUUUAAUCUGCUUUCAACGAGAGCGCUGCAGCAAGCAGUCAGAGAAGAAACAAUGGUAUGUGAAAGGCUAAAUCUCUUAUUGGACGUGCUGGUAGCACAUAGAAUCCUAUGCGAGAGGCACAAGCGCGGUGUCAGCGCCGAUCAUCAGCGUGCAUUGUCCACCAUGUUGUCCUUAAAAAAGCGACAAAUGCACGGUGUUAUACGCGGGACUGACAGUGACACGGUUGAAUACCUGGAAAAUAAGAUGGUCGCUCAGGAAUCGGUAAUUGCAAACGUCGAGCUACGAAAUUGCUUUUCGUUGCACUGUUUACACAUGGAGACGCAACUCGUUCACGCCCAUUUAGAAAUACUCGCCACGGUUCUGCAACGUCUUGUCAACGUCCAAAUUCGCGGCCAUUCUGAGCUCGCUGAAGUGUGGAAGUUAAUAGAACCAACGAUCAUGAAGUGUUUACCAGAGAAAACAACCAGCGGAUCAAAUGGGAUUUCAUAGCGAGAAAAGAAUAUCUAGGUAGAAAUGAGCUUUAUUAUUAAGGAAAGAA